AUGGCGACCCAUCUGGAUCCGGCAUCGGAAUUCGGCUCCCCCCUGGCUCCGGUGCUCCCCAUGUUGCCGCCGCCCCUCGAGGCCCGAGUCGGAGCCGCCGAGGCCGACGACCCGGCCGCUGGCGAGGAAGAGUGCGGGACCCCGACGUCCCGGAAGCACAGGAUCCCGCCGGCCCUGACCUGCCCGGCCGCGCCCCGCAAGCCGAGGGCGAGGCCGACGCCGGCGGUCGUCCCAUGCAAACGAGCCUCGCUGUCGGAGGAUCGUCGGCUCGAGUUCUUCGAGGUCACGAGCCGCGGGGAGGUCGAGCGCUUCUUCAGGAGCUGCGGGGACGCCGCCGCCGCCAACGCGGCCAAGCGGAGGCGUUUCUUCUGCAAAUGA